AUGGAUUUUGCAUAAAGCGAAGAAAGAUAUUAAAAAUUAGAAAAAAUAGGAGAAGGCACUUAUGGACUAGUCUAUAAAGCAAGGGACAAUCAAACUGGUGAAAUCGUGGCUCUAAAAAAAAUUAGAAUGGAUCAUGAGGAUGAAGGUGUUCCAUCAACGGCGAUUAGAGAAAUUUCAUUAUUGAAAGAGGUUCAACAUCCAAAUAUUGUUCCCUUGAAAGACGUAGUUUAUGAUGAAUCAAGAUUAUAUUUAAUUUUUGAUUUUGUAGAUUUGGAUCUUAAAAAAUAUAUGGAAAGUGUGCCUUAGUUAGAUAGAAUGUAAGUGAAGAAGUUCAUCUACCAAAUGUUACAAGCCCUCAACUAUUGUCAUCAAAACAGAGUUAUUCACAGAGACCUAAAACCAUAGAACAUACUAGUAGAUAUCAAAUAACAAAACACUUAAAUUGCAGACUUCGGAUUAGCCAGAGCAUUUGGUUUACCUCUUAAAACCUAUACUCACGAAGUCAUUACCUUAUGGUACAGAGCACCCGAGAUUUUGCUAGGGUAACGACAAUACUCUACUCCAGUCGAUAUCUGGUCAUUGGGAUGCAUCUUUGCUGAAAUGGCUCAAAAGAGACCAUUAUUUUGUGGAGAUUCAGAAAUCGAUUAGUUAUUUAAGAUAUUUAAGAUUAUGGGUACUCCUAAAGAAUCUACUUGGCCUGGAGUCAGCACUUUACCAGACUUUAAAAGCACUUUCCCAAGAUGGCCAACUCCCACUAAUUCAGCAGCCACUUUAGGCAAGGACAUUAAUAAUUUAUGUCCAUUGGGCUUAGAUCUCCUUUCAAAGAUGAUUGUUUAUGACCCUUAUGCUAGAAUCACUGCAGAGGAAGCCCUAAAACAUGCUUAUUUUGAUGAUUUAAAUAACUGA